UCUUCAAUUUCUCCCAAUCGAAACUGCACCACUCCCUGAGUCUGUUCAAUUUCGUUUAUUUUAUUUCUUGAACAUUUGCUUUCAAACAAAACGCAAAAUCUCAUCAAUUCCGUUUUGGAUUUCUUCAUCAAUUUCUUUCAAAUAAACACCAAAUCUCGUGGAUCCUUGUGGUUGGAGAAGAUUGGUGUUAUUGAAAUGUUUUUUGGAAACCUUGGCACCUGUUGGAGCAAGGAGCAGUGCAUAUCAUGAAACUCCUUUACUAUGCAUCAUGUGAUAUAAGGAUUUCUUAGUUUUCCACCAAAGUUUUGGUCAAGGUUUUGGGUUCCUUUUUCCCCUCUUUUUCAUGAAUUUUACAUUUAAGGAUACCUAAUUAUUGUACUUUCCAGUUCUUAUACCAUUUGAUUGAUUGUGUGUUAAAUUAGUUGUGGGAUAUUGCAUAGUGUCCUGCUCUUUGUAUGAGUAGACAAGUUAUAGUAUUAGAUUGUACAAUAGUUCAGAGUAAUCAUGAAAUUUUUCAGCUACUCUCAUUUGGCCACAGUUUUCCUUUGGUCUGGUCAAGAUGAUUUCUCAGCUGUUGCUCAAUUAGUAGUUGGAAUGCAACUAAAAUUGAAUAUCAAUAUUUGAAUAUGUAUUUUUUUUAUCUGUAUUUGGUUAUUGUAUAUGAAUAGGAAUUUUGACCUUUUGUACUUAGUUAGUGAAAUGAAAUGAGAUUGAACUUAGUUAGUGAGAUGAGAUGAGCUCAUCUUCUGGGCAAUCUCAUUUGUUUUUGAACUAAAACCAAUAAAUUAUUAUUUGUCAAGUCAUAUAUCAGUUCUUUGUACUAUGUUUAUGGAUAAGUAUUGAUUUUUAUCAUUCAUCUGCUAUUUGAUUGAUAAAGCCACUGUAGCAUUCCUUUUACUGAUUUUUCUGCCAAAAACAUGAGCUUCAUGUACUUUUAUCUGUGGUGGUGGAUGUAUAUCAAUAAAAUAAGAUUUCUUAGUUUAUAAAUAGCUAUGCCUCUAACCAUUAUUUGUGUACUAUCCAAUUCUUCAACCUUCUAUUUCAUUCACUUCCUGAGUUUGAGCUUAUGCUUUCCAAUGUCUUCUGUUGUGCAAGAUUUUAGGAGAUUUCCUUACAUUUCCAGUGUGAAAUAUCACUGGAGGAUUAAAUUUCGUAUUAUAGCUCUAUGAGAAAUUCCUCAGCAUCUUCUCAGUUCAUCUUAUUCAUCACUAGAGAUGUUGACUAUUGAUAGAGAGGGUGAAAAGAUGGAAGUUGUUGUCCUCAAAGAUGAUCCUAUUAAGGAGAGGAUGCUGGAGGGUGCAGUAUACAGGGUAUCCCGAUUUCACAUUGUGCGAGACACUGAUUCAAAACCCUUUACUCGACAGGGAUAUAGGAUUAUACUGAGUGGUUGUUCUAAGAUUUUUGAAAUUGAAGAUGAGUGAAGGUGUGAAAAACGACUAGAAGGGGGGGUUGAAUAGCGUUUUCAAUAUAAAAACUUUCCCCUUAAGAUUUAAAGUAAAUCUUUUCGGUUUCUCUAAGAUAGAUGGUGCAGCGGAUAAAGAUAGAGAGAAGAGAAAAGCACACAAGUAUUUUAUCCUGGUUCACUUGAUAAAUCCCUCAAGCUAAUCCAGUCCACCCGUUAAGGUGAUUUCUUCCUUCUUAGAAUGAAGGCAAUCCACUAAUCAGAUAAUUGUUACAACUGCACUUGAAACCUACAAGUGACUAACAAUACACUGACUUAGCUCACACUAAGAUUCACUCUCUUAGUCUUCUCUAGGAUUCGAUCAACCUUGAUCUCCUAAAGGAAUCACCACUAAGAUUCACUCUCUUAGUCUUCUUAAGGAUACUGACCUACCCGGUCCCUUAAGGAAAAUCAAACAACUGUUUGAGGUUGGUGUUUACAAAGGUUUGCUUCUAAAUAAGCUGAGUGUAAACUAAAUAAGAAUAGAUGAAGAAAGUAGAGGCUUGAAUCUUUUCUUGUAUUGCAGCUUUUGAUCUCUCUCACUUAGCUUUCUUCUUUUCUUCAGCCUUUUAUAGUCCAAGGUGCAAAGGAUAUUUCUGUUGAGAGAAUAUGACCGUUGGAGGGCAUUUCUGGAACUUCCAGAACCUGUUGUGGCUGAACCUUGGUAGGUAGGCUUGUCAGAAUAGUACACUGCUCUUGUACUUCUUGAUAGAGACAUUUGCCUUUAACCAAUGAAAUCUGAUCAGAGUUAUGCUUCGUGUUGGAACUUGUGAAGCUUGGUGAUCAGAGUCAGAGGGAUGCUUGGAUCCUCUGACCUUCGUAACUUCUGCUUCUGGACCUUCAGAGCUUCUAGACCUUCAGAGCCUUCUGGUCCUUCAGAGCUUCUGGUCUUCAGAUCUUCUGAUCCUCAGAUCUUCUGAUCCUCUGAUCUUCAGAUCUUCUGAUCCUCUGAUCUUCAGAUCCUCUGAUCUUCAGAUCCUCUGAUCCUCAGAUCCUCUGAUCUUCAGAUCCUCUGAUCCUUCUGAUCCUCUGAUCCUCAGAUCUUCUGACGAAUAUAUCUUCUGGUGUCAGAAUCAGAACCUGUUUGUCAAAACACUCAAGACAAACAUUAGAGUAUCAUAGUUGUUCAUCCACAAAUAAAUACUUGUUAUCAUCAAAACAUAGAGUUGUACCACAUGACCAAAUCUUGAUCUUACAAUCUCCCCCUUUUUGAUGAUGACAAAACCAUGUAUUUUGAUGAACAACUCUAAACAAAUAAACUGAAUACACUCAGAGUAUAAGGUAUCAGAGUUAAAACUUAUCCUGAUGUGUAUAGUUUAUCUUGCUCCUUCUGAAUCCAAGACUCGUGCUUGAUUCUGAGCUAUGCUCCCCUUGAAUCUAGUACUUAAUAUCAACGUUAGUAAUAUCUAGAUUCUGAGCUAAAUAAUAUAGGAGUUGUCAAGAUACUAUAAGUUCUCCCCCUUUUUGUCAUAAGCAAAAAGAAUGAAGGUGGAAAAAAAAUAGUAAGAGCAUAAGACGAAAUACUCCCCCUCAGAAGGAAUACCAAGGGAUACUUGGCUACUGAUUAGUGUAUCUUCUGAUGAGAGCAGAAGUGUGGUUCUGGUGACAUCUCCGUUCUGGACAAAAUUUCAUCUUCAGAUACUUCAGAAUGAGAAGCUAGGAACCUACUCUUCUUCUGAUGACGCAAGUCAGAAGUUGUAGUAGCAUCUUCUGAUGUUGUUGCUUCUGGUUCGUCAAGUUAUGAGUCUUUGUUUCUAUCUGAAACAGUCAUGCUCAUCUCUACGAGCUUUUUCAGCUAGCUUUGACUUGUCAGAGUCAAGCUUAUCAUUAAUUCUAACAUGAAUAGCGUUCAGACUAUCAACAGAAGGGUUCUUAUCAAAAACCAAUGAUUCCUUGACCAAAUCUUACUCUACUGAUGCCUCCAAGAUCAACUUCACCUUCAGGUUCAAGUUUUGGAUCUUGGGACAUAUGCCUUUCUCCCGUCAUGUGUUGCCUGCAUCCACUGUCCAGGUUCCAUGGUUGGAGUUUCGAUGGACCUAUUGAAGAUAUCUGCAACAUAUAUAAUCUUAUCCCUAGGUAUCCACUUUCUGGGUCCUUUCUUGUUAGUUAGCCCAGAAGUUCUGACAAUUUUGGGUCUUUCAACAGGAUAAUAUAAAGGAAUUUGAGCAUGAUAUUUUGACAUAGAGAAAGUUCCUUUCUUAAGAGAUGAUGCAGCAACUUCAGAAGGUUUAGAAUAACCAAUGCCAUAUAUUCCAUUUCUGCUUACGCCAUAGAUCAUUGAAGCCAUUAAGCUUCUGUCUACGCUUUUAGCCAGGAAUCUUUGAAAAGACUUUUCAUACUUAGAUUCAUUUCUACAAUCAGAGGCAUCACAGGCAACAAUUUCUUCUAACUUAGCAAUCUGGUUCUUAAGCACAGAGUUAGAAUUGAUCAAGGCAUGAUUAUCAUUUUUCAAAUCAGAAAUAAUUUUCUCAUGUUCAGAAGGAGUCUUGGAAACAGCAGAUAAGUCCUUUUUCAGCUUCUUAUGCUUAGACAAUAAGGAGUUAUACUUAUCCUUGAUAUCAGACAAUGCAUGUUUCAGUUCAGAGGUAGAGAAAGAAGCGAAUACCUCAUUUUCAUCGUCUGAGGUAGGAUCUCCUUCUAAUGCUAAGUCAGAGUCAACAGCAUCCUUUGACUCUGCUCCUUUGUCUUUGAUAAUAGCCAUGAGUCCUUGAACUUCACCAUCAGAGUCAACAUCCUCUGACUCUGAUUCAUCAAAAGUCACCAUCAGACUCUUCUUGGUCUUGAAAUGCUUCUUUGACUUUUUGUCCUUUGAUGAGCCUUUGAAUUUGCUCUGCCUGUGCUUCCAGAUGCAGUUGAGCUUUCUGGAUAUCAGAGUCAGCUCAUCUUCAUCAGAAUCUUCAGAGGCUUCUUCAGAUUCUUCUGCUUCUGCUUGGAGAGCCUUAGCCUUUUCAGAUUUGGAUUUCAAGGCUAUAGACUUCUUCUUCUGAUCAUGAUGUUCAGCACGCUUUAGUUCAUGACACUUCAGUAUGCUUAUGAGUUCUUCCAAACUCAUCUCCUCAACAUCUCUAGUUAACUCCAAGGAAGUUAUCAAAGGCAUCCAGCUUUCAGGAAGACCUCUAAGGAUCCUCAUGACAUGAUCCGCAGUGGUGUAGCUAUUGCUGAGGGGUCUUAUUUCAGCAAUAAUCAACUGGAAUCUGGAAAACAUAUCCUCAAUGGAUUCGUCAGGUUCCAUUUGGAAGGAUUCAUAUUUCUGGAUCAAAGACAGUGCCUUUGAUUCUUUCACUUUCUUGUUUCCUUCAUGAGACAUCUUCAAGGAUUCAAAGAUGCCCUUGGCGGAAUCACGAUCAGUAAUUUUCUCAUAUUCUUCAUAUGAAAUGGCACUGUGCAGAAUAGCUCUUGAUCGGUGAUGAUCUCUGAACUCCUUCUUUUGAUCUUCACUCAUCUUCUUCCUUGGGAUCUUUACACCAUGUACAUCAACAGGAGGGGUGUAGCCAUCAACAACAAAAUCCCAAAGAUCAGGAUCAAAGCCAAGAAAGAAGCUUUUGAUUCUGUCUUUCCAGAAAUCAAAUCUCUGACCAUCAAAGAUAGGUGGUCUUGCACUGUAUUGAUAUUUGCUUGUAGUAGUGGUGGAAUCCAUGAGUUUUUCACACUGGCCCGGAUCUACUGAACACUGUUAAGUGUGGUAAUCAGAACUUGCGCUCUGAUACCAAUUGAAGGUGUGAAAAACGACAAGAAGGGGGGGGGUUGAAUAGCGUUUUCAAUAUAAAAACUUUCCCCUUAAGAUUUAAAGUAAAUCUUUUCGGUUUCUCUAAGAUAGAUGGUGCAGCGGAUAAAGAUAGAGAGAAGAGAAAAGCACACAAGUAUUUUAUCCUGGUUCACUUGAUAAAUCCCUCAAGCUAAUCCAGUCCACCCGUUAAGAUGUUAUUGGGAUUUUAUCUGCUGCAUCCAAAGAAAAACUUCUCAUCAAGGGCAAUCACGUUUACAAGAUGAUGGAGAUCGAUCUUAUGGACAAUACAGGAAAGUGUCAUUGUGUGUUGAUUGGGGAUGCUGUUCAGACACUCUCUGAUUACCUGUGUUUAAAUUGGGUAUUGCGACCUGUUGUUGGCCUUCGGUUUGUUGAUGUGAGGAGGGUUGAAGGGAAAUUUACAGUGCAGAUCAUUCCUUAUGUUUCAAGAAUCUAUAUCAACCAAGUCUUCGAACAUUUAAUGUUUAAUGAUGGUGUUUCAGUUGUUUCUGGUUUGGUCAUUUCUUUUAUCAAAGAUUCUCCGUGGUGGUAUGUUUCAUGUCGCUGCCAUACGGAAGUCAUACCUGAGGAUGAUGUUUACAAAUGUCAUCGUUGUUAUCGUAACAUUGCCAAGACUAUUCGCAGGUAUCGCAUCAGAUUGGAAUUAUUUGAUGGCACGGAUAUAGCUAUGUUUGUUCUCAAUGAUGCUGUGGUGUCUGAACUUGUGGGUCUGCCAUGCGAGAAGUUACUUAAUUUCAUUGAGGAUCCAUUGGUUCCACAGUAUCCGACUCUUCUUGAGGAGAAAUUGCUUGGUGAAGAAUUUCUCUUCAAGGUUCGGAUUGGAGGUCAAAUGUCAUAUAAUGGUGAAAGGAUAUAUGAAGUGCUUAGGCUGUGCUCUGAUGCUGAUGUUAUUGCAAUGUUCAAUUCAGGCAUUGCGAUCAUUACUCCAUCGAAGGAUAAGUUUAUCCCACCCUUCACUGAGCUAGAGGGCGUUCUGGAUGGUGCUGAUGUAGAAAAUAAGACUGUGACAGAUUUGGAGAAAAUUGAGGGUGAUGAUGAUAGUGACAUGGCAGGCAUGAAUCAGUUGGAGUAUAUUUCUGAUGGUACAAAUCCAUCUGUUAAUCAACCGAUUAUUAGGCGGCCACUGAAGAGGAAAUUGAUCCAAGAGUUUGAUGAUGCUGUUGAUAAAUAUGUUGGAGUGCUGAAAGCAGUUGAAGUUGCUUUUCAAAGGAAGCUAUCGGAUAAGUAUAUUUUUAAUAAUCUGGGCGAGUGUAGUAGUAAACCUGCUGGUUUAUCUUCUUUAAAAGUAUUAUGUCACAGUUCUGAGGGUGUUAAAUCUGAUGAUUACAUUAAGAAGAAUGUUAUCACUGAUGAUGAGGAAUUAGUGAUGGUCCAUAAAUCUGUAAUUGAUGUUGGGGGUGAUACCUUGGAGACAAUGUCAAAGGUAGAUGGGGUAAAAAGCAGUUUAACUCCAAUGGGAAAUGUGAGUUAUUUAAGGAAGAAGAAAUCGAGUUGUAUUGAAUUUGUGGAUUUGACCAUAUCAGAGGAUGGUUCAAAAGGUUUACCUGCCCUUGAGUGUAAUCUGGGAGAGUAUAGGUUCAGCCCAAUGGGAAAUGUUGGUUAUUUAAAGGAGCAGAAGUCAAGUUGUAUUGAAUUUGUGGAUUUGACAAAAUCAGAUCAUGGUUGCAAUGCUUCAGUUUCAUAUAAGUGUAACAACAAUCAAUAUGCUGAUAUUACUGAAUCAUUCAGGUGUGAGGAUAACUUUGAAGUUUUAAGUCAACCAAAUGGGCAAGGGGUGGAUCCAACUGAAGUUGUUGAUCUUACUUUAUGAAGUGAUGAAAUGGAUGCUUGGGUUGCAGAUAUUGUCAAAUUAUCAUAUUGUUAGAGAUAAAUAAAAGAAUAUCUGCUUGGAUUUUAUGCCUAGGCAUAAUAUCCUAGGGGAUAUUUCUUUAUUACUAACAUAUAUGUUGAUUUUGACAGUGAUUAUAUGAGUUAUGGUUUUUUGGCUGGUUAUGUAAUUUUGGCCUAUGGUAUAUAGGUCUAUUUGUUUUUAGUUUAGUUUAAGGUACUUUGUUUUGUAUUUGUGUCAAGUAUCUUUUUGUGAACAAUCAGAGUUAGUUUAGUCAUGUAAUGCUAUGCUGGUUUAGCAUGCCCAGGGUUUGUUGUUCUUAAGUUAGCGUAUGCUACUGCAUAUUGUCAUUUUUUGUGAACUAGGUCAAAAAGCCCCUGAUGUAUUUUGUUGGUUUAGUUAUGAAGUUUAUUUGAAAAGUGUA